GGGGCGUGUGCUGGCAGCGCGGAACCGCAUUCUCCGCGAAGCUCCCUAGUCUGCUAAUGAAACCAUUCCGGGCUUGGGCGGCCAAGAAGCCGCCAGGGUCUCUCUCCGGGAAGUCGUUUUGGGGAUGCCAGUGUGGGGUGGGUGGGAUGUGGAGAGGCUCUGUGCCAGAUCGACCCACCCAGUCGGGAGAAGGAAAAAGGGGUGCUAAAAUGCUUUUAUUUUAUUUUAAUAUCAAACCAGGCUUUUUGUAAAGGAAAGUCGGAAAAGGUCGGGGGUGGUGGUGGGGUGUCACAGCCGGGGAGGGAAGUCUGGAGUAUCUUUGCUCCUGCAGAUUGUGUGUUAAGGCUUGGGUGGGAAGAGUUUAUUUUUGUCUUUAGCUGCCACUGCUCAAGGCCUAGAUUCAAAGAGGAGUCUGGUGAUUGGAGAUGUUGGUUGGUGUAGAUGGAGCGGCAGCCGCUAGGCUGCUUCUCCGAGAGGAGGAGGGAAAAGAAGGAAAGAAGGAAGGAGGGAAAGAAGGAAGGAAGGAAGGGAGGAAAGAAGGAAGGAAGGAAAGAAGAAAGGAAGGAAGGAAGGAAAGAAGGAAAGAAGGAAGGAAGGAAGGAAGGAAGGAAUGAAGGAAGGAAGGAAGGAAGGAAGGAAGGAAGGAAAGAAUCUGGAUUCUUGAGCCACCCUCCCCCCGCCAACCCCCGGCGUAUUUUGUGAACCCUGGGAAUUCGGGUGUGAAGGGUCUGACCUGUUGCCCAGGGGAGAAGAGAGCUGGAAACGUCUGAAACCCCUGGCUGAGCGAGAGGGAAAAAAAUCUGUAUUGUGCCUUGUGGAGAUUUUUUCCCCCAUAUUAUUAAAAAAAUUCCUGCGCUACCGUCAUCCUUGUUGAGGAAAUCAGCAAGAAUCACCGAAACGUAACUGAAGGAAGAAGAGAGAAGGGAUCAUAAUCUGCAAAAUCCAUGCACCAAAGGCGAUUUUCCCCCUCUAAAAAGGCGUUAUUCUAGUGAUCAUUGAGGUUGCAACUACAGUAAACUUUGGGGUAGGGGCAGGGUGGGAGGGGAAUUUCUAUUUGUUUCCCUCAUCUCUCCCACUGAGACUUCCCCCCUAAUCAUGAUGUUUCGAGAUCAGGUCGGAGUGCUGGCAGGUUGGUUUAAAGGCUGGAAUGAAUGUGAACAGACUGUUGCUUUGCUGUCCCUUUUAAAGCGGGUGAGCAGGACCCAGGCUCGCUUUCUUCAGAUCUGCCUGGAGCAUUCCCUGGCGGAUUGCACCGAGCUUCACAUUCUUGAAGGAGAAGCCAAUAACCCCGGAAUCAUUAACCAAUGGCAGCAGGAAUCCAAGGAUAAAGUGAUUUCCCUCUUAUUAACUCACCUGCCUUUGCUGAAGCCAGGCAACAUUGAAGCAAAAGUUGAGUACAUGAAACUGCUGCCUAAAAUCCUGGCUCACUCCAUCGAACAUAACCAGCAUAUAGAAGAAAGCAGGCAACUCCUAUCUUAUGCGUUGAUACACCCGGCCACUUCACUGGAAGACCGGAGUGCUCUAGCCAUGUGGUUGAAUCACUUAGAGGAUCGCACGUCAGGGAGCUUCAGCAGUCAGAAUAGAGGUCGGUCUGAUUCUGUGGAUUAUGGGCAGACACACUACUAUCACCAAAGACAAAACUCUGACGAUAAGCUCAAUGGAUGGCAGAACUCUCGGGAUUCUGGGAUAUGUAUCAGUGCCUCCAACUGGCAGGACAAAAACCUGAGCUGUGAGAAUGGCCACCUGCCCCUCUACUCUUCUUCUUCAGUCCCCACCACAAUCAAUACUAUUGGGACUAGCAGCAGCAGCACAAUUCUCUCAGGCCAGGCACAUCACAGCCCUUUGAAACGAUCUGUAUCCCUUACCCCACCCAUGAAUGUGCCAAACCAGCCUCUAGGACAUGGAUGGAUGUCUCAUGAGGACUUACGUGCUAGAGGACCCCAGUGCAUCCCAUCCGAUCAUGCCCCCCUGUCUCCACAAAGCAGUGUAGCCUCUUCAGGAAGUGGUGGGAGUGAACACUUAGAAGAUCAGACUACUGCUCGUAACACAUUCCAAGAAGAAGGUAGUGGUAUGAAAGACGUUCCUGCCUGGUUAAAAAGUCUCCGCCUACACAAAUAUGCUGCGCUUUUCUCCCAGAUGACCUAUGAGGAAAUGAUGGCUCUCACAGAAUGCCAGCUAGAGGCUCAGAAUGUUACCAAAGGCGCAAGACACAAAAUUGUCAUCAGUAUCCAGAAGCUCAAGGAGAGACAGAACCUACUAAAGUCUUUAGAAAGGGACAUCUUAGAAGGGGGCAACCUACGUGUCCCACUACAAGAAUUACAUCAGAUGAUCCUUACUCCAAUAAAAGCAUACUGCUCCCAGAGCUCUAACACAGAGGAACACAGCCAGGAGUCAGAGCCUCGUCAUCAGCCUACUCUGAUUGGUUCUGAUAACCAGGCUCUUGAGUGUAAGGACUCUGCAGCAGGAGGUGGAAUCCAACAGCAUCACUUGAGUGGCUGUGAGGGAGAAUCUGCAGGGGCUCCUCUGCCCGAAGGUGAUCUCCCUGGACAGUUCACAAGAGUCAUGGGAAAAGUGUGUACACAGCUCCUGGUCUCUAGACCUGAUGAGGAAAAUAUAAGUUCCUACUUACAACUCAUAGACAAGUGUCUAAUUCAUGAGGCAUUUACAGAGACACAGAAAAAAAGAUUGUUGUCAUGGAAACAGCAGGUGCAGAAGCUCUUUCGGUCUUUCCCUCGGAAAACCCUUCUAGACAUAUCAGGAUAUCGACAGCAAAGAAAUCGAGGUUUUGGGCAGUCAAACUCCUUACCAACAGCAGGCUCUGUAGGUGGCGGCAUGGGCAGGAGGAACCCACGCCAGUACCAGAUCCCUUCGAGGAAUCUUCCGUCAGCCCGACUUGGCCUGUUGGGUACCAGCGGGUUCAUCAGCUCUACUCAGCGUAGUGCGGCAACUAAUCCCACCAUCCUAAAACAAGGAAGACAGAAUCUUUGGUUUGCCAACCCCGGAGGCAGCAACAGCAUGCCAAGUCGAACUCACAGCUCAGUCCAAAGGACUCGUUCCCUGCCUGUUCACUCAUCCCCACAGACCAUGCUGAUGUUCCAACAGCAAGAGUUCCAGGUUCCAGUGACAGAACCUGACAUCAACAACAGGCUAGAAUCCUUGUGCCUCAGUAUGACUGAACACGCCCUUGGGGAUGGGGUUGACCGAACCUCCACUAUCUAGAAACUGAAGGAGUUAGUGACCGCGCUGGCCGUGAAAUCGACUGCUGCGGGUCCAGUGUCAGCCAUCUUCAGACUUGCACAGGAUCCUCUGAGAUACUUUGCAACCUUUUUUUUUUCCUGGUCCCUCUCCCAUUUUGAUUUUGUGAGAGCGUAGGUCGUCCUUGUAAACAUAUCAUUAGACCCGG